AGCCAAAUUUAAAUAGCCGUUGCUUUAUUUAGUUGCUGCUUCUUACUUUGCUGGGUCUUACAACACUGCUUUAAGUCAAAGCGCAAGCGCAGCCAACUUCGCGUAAACUUGUUUUAUUUUCAAACGCUUAACGUCAUAAUUUUUGCACACAAUGAACUAUAAAUUGCAAUCCAACGUGCGUCUGCAGCCUUUGGUGCUAUUCCAAAUCAUUGAUGCCUACGAGCGUCGCUCCCAGUGCGCCUCCAUGGCAGUGGGCACUUUGCUGGGCAGACGCUGCGGCGAUGUAAUUGAAAUCACCAACAGCUUUACGGUGCAGCACAAGGAGCAGCAAGUGGGCGAGCUGGAGCACUUCAAGCUGGACACACAGUACGCGACGGAAAUGCAUGAGCUCAAUCAGAUGAGCUAUCCGCAGGAGAAGAUCAUGGGCUGGUUUAGUACUGGCAAAUCGCUGUCGCGCUCCGCAGCAGCGCUGCAUGUUUACUAUGCGCGCGAAUCGGGCGAGGCGCAGCCGUUACAUUUGCUGGUGGACACAACGUUGCGUGGCGGACGCCUCAAUACGCGUCUCUAUUGCGCUGUGACAAUGGGCGUGCCAGACGGCACGCGUGGCUUGAUGUUUACGCUGCUGCCGCUGCUCAAAAUGGACAUCGAUAGCGACGAGGCUGUGGCUUUGCGUUUUAUGCAAAAGCAAGUAAUGCAUCCGACCAAGCAGCUGGGACGUCUGCUGCCCGAGCUGGUGAGCGUUGUGGACUCGCUGCGCGAAAUCGAGCUCAAGCUGGACAUGGUGCUGCGCUAUAUUAACGAUGUGCUGGCACGCAAACGUCUGCCGGACAACAAUGUGGGACGUGCGCUCUACGAUGCGUUGACUUCAGUGCCGCUGCUGGACGCCGAAGCCUUUCGCAGCGUCUUCAAUGCCAAUGUGCGUGACAUGCUGCUCAGCAUCACGCUCAGCAGCAUGAUCAAGACCCAAAUGGAGUUGAGUGAAAAGCUAAGCUGCCUGCCAAAUCAUUAAGCGAGCACAAUUUGCAAUAAAUAAUGUUAAAGUAAGCAGCUAAUGUUAACUUUGCUGUCUUAACUCUCGAUAUUGUUAAGUUUUUUUAUUCAAAGCAUAGCAGAAGGCUGCAGUGCAACGAUUAUACUAAAAUUCAUCUUAUAAGACGCACAUUGCUUUUAUUAAGGAAUAGAAGCUUUUCUCAUUUGCAAAUCAAAAAGACUCCAAAGACUCUGAUAUACAAAACACAAUAAGUAAAGAGCUAUAGCUUCUUAAUCAAUGUACCGAGCUAUGUAAAAAUACUUCUAAAAGACGCCCAAGACUUUAAUUGAGAUAUAUAAGUCCGAUCAUCAGUAUUUUUCCUGGACCAAACUAGAAGGAAUCUCCAUUUGGAAUUCGAAAAAGUCUUCAGAGCUAUUUAAACCUUAACAUUACAUUCUUUUAAUUGUAUUUAAACAGUUAAUAUGCUUAAACAAUGAAUAUACCUGUAUGUGCUGGCAUGGCC